CUGAGAUUGUUUUCUGCAGGGGAAGCUGCUGUUCUCGUUGGUACGGUCAGCUCACUCUUUACCCGCGGAAGGAAGCAACACUUUGUGUGCUUACUGAAAACGAUGUGAACGAAACAACGAUAUUCGUGUGAUUACUAGAAAAAGCAGGAAGACAAAGAGAGGAACCCUGGCUGAAUGAGCAGCAGUGGAGGUUUCUGUUUCAACCAGCCUCUGAAACCCUCUGGACACCAAGCAGCACAAAGGGGCCAAAUGCCCAGAUUAGAGGACCACUGCUGGAGCUGCUCUUGUUCACCGAAAGCUAAAAGCAAGAAUUUGUCCGGAGCGAGCCCGUUCGUUUCUAAGGCUGAAGAGAUGAUGUCCAUCAUCACCGCGAUGCUCAGCAGCGCCUACGGCUCCCUGCAUGACGUCCGCACCGCCAACCUCAUCCGAAGGGGUCUGGUCCUCUUCACGGUGGGGGUGUUCCUGGCGCUGGUGCUCAACCUGCUGCAGAUACAGAGGCAUGUGACCCUGUUUCCUGAAGAGGUGAUGACAACCCUGUUUUCAUCCGCCUGGUGGAUCCCACCGUGCUGUGGGACAGGAGCUGCUGUAAUCGGUCUUCUGUACCCCUGCCUCGACAGCCAUUUGGGAGAGCCCCACAAGUUCAAGAGGGAGUGGGCCAGUGUAAUGAGAUGCAUCGCAGUGUUUGUCGGUAUCAACCAUGCCAGUGUUAAACUAGACUUUGCCAACAACGUGCAGCUCUCGCUGACCCUGGCGGCCUUGUCUUUGGGCCUGUGGUGGACAUUUGAUCGCUCCAGAAGUGGCUUUGGUCUGGGCAUCACCACCGCCUUCCUGGCUACUGUCAUCACACAGCUGCUGGUCUACAACGGAGUAUAUCAGUAUACAUCUCCUGACUUCUUGUAUGUGCGGUCCUGGCUCCCGUGUAUCUUCUUCUCAGGCGGUGUUACUGUGGGUAACAUCGGACGGCAGCUGGCCAUGGGAGGCGUUGAGAAACCCCACAUGGACUGAGUGGCCAACUCCAACACCAAUAAAGAGGCAGACAUAAAGCGAGGAACAGUUUGAGCUAAACUGGAUUAGUGGGUUUGGAGGAAAGAGAAGGAUAACCUAGGAAAAAAGUGACUCCUGGUUUCGGACUCCAUCCUUUGUUCUGAUAACAAAGUACAGGUCAAUUACGCCCCAUCAGCUAAUGUGCCAUGUCCUCCCAACCUCCUCACAGCCAAACAAAUCGCCAUGCCUGUUUUCCUCCAUCACCAUGAUGCGUCCUUCACACCAAACCAGAGGAUGGACUUUGCCUUUUGUAGGUUUUGUUUUUUUUUGAAGUGACAUUGGACACAUUCUCUUUCUGUUUGUUUCGUUUCAUGAAGUGGACUCCAGGAGUGUUUGAGCAUGGAUGUAUUUUUUUUCUCUUAGCAGGAAAGUGUUUGAGACUUUCUUUUUUUAAAGCCUUAUUGUGAUAUGGUCAUAAAAGGGAACUAAUAGACUAAAUGCUGACCCACCGGUAUUCACUCUAGCAAAAAUAGGUAUUCAGUGGCAUCGCAUGGGCCCAGUCAAACCAAAUUAAGGCAUUCAGUGUGAAAAGUUUUCAGUAAACUCGCAAUUGUUUGUGGGGUGGAGAUUGAUGGUUUACAAUGAUGAAGGAAUAGUUUGGGAAACCAUUUGCUUUCAUUCUAAUUCUUUGCUGAACACCUGCAACAUUUUCCUACAGAAUCAUCUUAAAUGAGCUAGAAUAGAUUUUUGCAAGGGCUUUAACCAACCUAUUUAGGAUGCAUGACUUGAGGCUUAUUUCUUGGUCACUGAUUCAUAGGUGGGAUAAUCAGCAAAACUGAUUGACCUGAGCUUUUUUCAGGUUAACUGCCUGCAGGAAAAAAAAGUAUUAUUUCUCAAAAACUGCUUCUUCUGGUACAGUUAAUUAAGCCUUGCUUUACCUUCUAAGAGUCAUAGUCAUUAAAGCAAUUCAUUAGCUCUAGUUUCCUCACCUCAGUGAAGUUAAACCAAAGUUUUUGUGCAAGGCCUUGUAGAUUUGAUACGAUGCAAGUAAAUUAUUGCAGGAUUGCUUAUUUCUUGCAUCAGGCCUCACUGGCUCGCUGGUCUGCAAUUGGACUCUUCCAAAAGUUUGUAAUUUGGAAAUUAGGCUUUGAUUUUUCAUGGGGAGAGAAAAACUGUCUGCUUGACUUUUAAGCAAAUUGUAAAACGAGGCUCGUUGGCUGGUUAGCUUCAGGAAAAAUUUAAAAUAGAUACAAAAAUAAGCUCAUGGAGAUUAACUUUGCAUUUGUUUUCAGGAUUUUAGUAGAAAGCAAAACAUUUUCCUAGCGUGUUGAUUUAUUUAGAUGUUAAAAGGUGGAAUGAAAAGCAAAAGUGCUGUCAGUAAAAAGUGCCAUUGUUUGGAUUAUUCUGUGAAAAUAAGCACAGGCCUUUGUGUUUAAGAUAUUUUGAGUACUAAGUGCAAAUUUCACCAUUUAAAUUUGUUUUGCUUGUAAACAAAAAGCAGCCGUAUUGACUCACGGUUGGGUGUCGCAAUAAGAUCUAUAUUUUUAAAGACUAAUUUCUACCAUUUAAGUUUGUGGGCAAAAGAAAAGGAUUGUAAUUAAAAGGAAAAGAGAAUGUACCACUAGUAUAUCGUAUAUCCACCCCUUUAAGCUAAAUGUCACAUUAAAUCUUGUGAUUACUCAUAUUCCCAGUUGCAUAUAAAAACUCAUUUAAAAAAUGUACAGGUGGGACAUUUUAACUUAAGAUUUGCAAUCUGUGAUUGCCUGUGUUUUAUAGAAUGUAGUGCUUUUGUCACUAUAAGGGUUUUGUUUUCUCCUUUGUGUAAAGAUAAUGUCAUUAGUGCUCCGAUUGUUUAAAAGCGUCCUGUCAAUGUAAUCACACAGGUAUUACCACACUAGACCUUCAGUAUCUUUAGUGUUUAGGGGUCAAAAGGAUUAAGUGCAAUCACAUCACACAUGAGCCGAUCAUUAUUCUUCUUAUUUAUUAUAUCUGACAAAGGCUAAAGAAUAAUCUAUGUACAUGCAGUUUGAAUUGUUUGGGGGGGGAAAAUAGCAAUAACUUCUUUUUUUUUUUUUUUGUCAGAUUACAUGCCUUUGAGUCAAAACCAGUGACUCGCACCAGAGAAAAGAUUU